UCUAAAGUCUAUUCAGGAUUUUUGAUUUUUUUUAGAGAUAAUAAAUUAUCCAUCAGAAUACGGGAUCAUUUUUUUUAUGAAGGUCUACAUUUAAAGACUAAUUUCUAAAUCUUGUGACCGAAAGAUUAAGCGAAACACCAAGCACAGAAAAAGCAGGAAAGUAAUCUACCAGAUAUUUUAAUUUCAUACUUCAUCGAGGCCUACGACUGAAUCAAAAUGGAUGCCGAUGGAUUACCCCUUGUAGGACCAGGAGUUGAUUUGACCAAGGUGAAAACAUGUAUUUUUAUUCCAUUUUUAGUGCAGUGAUUGGCGUGAGGGGCGUCACAAAAUUCUCUUCGGUCCCACCUGUUAGUGAGCAUGUACGGUAGAUUCAUUCCAUGUUGGUGCUAUACACUCCAAGCGAAUGCUAGCCUUCCUUAAUCACUUCAUCAUUCACACCACCAGGUUCCUCAACAAGUUCUCUUGCGUCUGUGAAACGAAAUUAUCAGAUAUUACGACUCGUAUCCAGAGGCUGGAAACCACAGUCAACAUAUUGGAAGCAAAGCUUGCCUCCAUCCCUGGCUUAGAGAAUGUCACAGUGGAGACUACCCCGCCACCAGCUGCUCCUGAGCCAUCUAACCUCCCCGCCCUCCCAUCAUCGGAACCUGCAGAUGGAUCGGGUAUACCAGCGAUUGAGGCCACACCAGAACCAGCGCCUGCUGUCAUGACCGUAUCUCAAGAUCCAAGAUAUAUUAAAUACUUCAAGAUGAUCAACAUGGGUGUGCCUGUAGACGCCCUGAAGCAGAGGGUACUCCUGGACUGCUUGGAUCCUGCUUAUCUCGACACACCCAAUGCUCCUGCCCCGCCUGUCAAUCAAGAAUCCGACUCAGAUGACUUCAGUAGCCAAGACAACAGUUCUGACGAUGAUUUCAGUGAUUAGACUGAGGGAGAUAGAUGGAGAGACAGAGGGAGAGAUGGAAAGACAGAGGGAUAGAUGUUGAUGGGGAGAUGGGCUGGAUGGAGACAGAGGGAGAGAUGGAGAGACAAAGGGGUAGAUAUUGAUGGGAAGAAGGAUGAAUGGAGACAGAGAGGAAGAUAACAAAAGAAAGUAACAUUGGAUAUUCUUUCAUCAAAGUUCAUCUGUUUUGGUGAUGUGUGGGCAUAUUCCAUGGGCGCAUAUCCGUGACGCAGAGUGCUCAAGAUCAGAUGCUGCAAUAUCACCCCAGCGCUAGCUUGGCUACGACUUUGCUCACAGCAUUCAAAUAAUUUUCUACUGGUACCCAUUUAACACCUUGGUGCCAAA